AUGUUACGUCUACCCCUGAGUCUAGGUUGGAGGGAUGUAGAACUAUGGUAGUUAAAGAGGGGGAGAGAAAGAAAGAGAUUCAAUGGAUUUUGCCCAGUACACUUGCAAGGUUUCCAAGAAGAUCCAGCAGGACAAGGAGAGAGGAUAUGAGGAAGGGGUAGCAUGGUCCAUUCGGGUUGGAUGUACCAAAAUAAGUGACCACAAAGGGCGAUGUGGCUCAAGGGAACCGGGCAGGGAUUUCACACAAGACCGCUGUUGUGUAGGGAGAGAGCGGCGGACAUCUAGGUGAUGCAUGCGGGGUCAGUGAUGCACCAAGACGAGUGUGGUGGAUUCCAGCAACCCGCCGCUGCAGAGAGCGAAGCCCGCUAGCUUACCGCCGGCCGAGAUGGCGCAUGGAUAGCGGAUCCCUUCAUACUACAAAACAUGACCAAGCCUUUAUAACAAAACCUGCAGUUUGGGAGCUAAACUAAGGAAUUCGAUGCUUGCACUAGCAGGAAGAAUACAAACCCGCAUUUCCAUUGAGACUCAGAGGCUUCUGGAUGAGAAAGGAUGCCAUCUCCAUAAAACCUAUCAUACAUAGCUAACGGAGAGGGCCAGCUUGCGUUUUUUCCACCAUACUAGAUUGGUUUGAGUAGGCCGGUUGUGAUUCGUGAACCACAAGCUGUAACGAUGUUGGUGAGAUGCCACCGGAGCAAGCUAUCGGUGUGGGCCGUUCUGUGUGUGCUCGUGUUAUGCUGGCUCUACAUUUUCCCAGUGUACAGACUCCGGAGCGACAAGGAGAUAGUUGAUGAAGUGCUGCGGCAGGGACAAGUAUGGCAGAGGAACCAGACGGACAUCGAUCUGUUCAGGAAGCUGCUUUCAGAGUGCUGUGACCCAAGGAGAAUGUUUGCGGUGACCAAGCAGAAUUCACCUAUGGGGAAGGUCCUGUGGUACGAUGGAGAGUUUUACCACUCACACACAGUCAACAAUGAGACCUACUCUCUCUUUGUGCAGGUGUUUAAACAUGACAGUCAGCUGUUUCCAGUUAGUGUCCAACCAGGAGAACACUAACGAUUGUCGUUGGUGGAAGAAGGUGAGGACCAAGGUGCAGCGGGGUACGUGUUUUGCAUUUUAUUAAAUAUAACUGAACACUAGGUAACAAACGGCACAACCGAAACAGCUCCGUCAGGUACGGCACAACCGAAACAGCUCCGUCAGGUGCAACACACACUAAACAGAAA